ACAGCGUUGUAGUAGGGCAGCAGGACUGCGGUGGAGAAUGGAAAACCUCGUUUAAUAUUAAGAUAUGAUCUAAAAACGGUGGGGUAACAGCACGGGUCAGAAAUGUCUAGUCGAGGUCAUGAGGGCUACAGGUAUGAUUUCUGUGACCCAGUUCACCCGGCAGAGAUGCUGGAUGCUCUUCGGGAUUUUCGGGCUGAAGGUCUGUUUACAGAUGUCACCCUGCUGAGUGAUUCUGGACGUGUGCUCCUCUGCCACCGCAUGGUCCUGGCAGCUCGGAGUCCGUUCUUCAGGGCCAUGUUCACAGCUGACAUGCGGGAGAAGAGGGAUAAGAGUGUGCACCUGCCGGGUCUGGACAGCGAGGUUCUGGGUGCAGUGAUUGACUUUAUUUACACGUCCAGAAUCACCAUAACCCAGAGCAACGUGGAGAGACUGAUGGAGGCAGCCAGUCUGAUGCAGCUGGGCUCAGUGCAGGAGGCAUGCGAGGCCUUUCUGAUCCGCCUGCUGGACGUGGAUAACUGCCUGGGCAUGCAGGCUUUCGCUGAGCUGCAUAUGUGCAGAAAUCUUGAGGUGGAGGCCAGGAGAACCAUGCUGUCCAGAUUUAAAGAGCUUGUAGAGCAGGAGGAGUUUGUGGAGCUCAGUUCUGAAAGGCUUAUAACUUUGCUAUCACUGCCGAACAUCAGCAUGCUGAAAGAACGGACUACGCUAGAUGCUGUGAUGCGAUGGGUUUGCCAUGACAGGCAGGCUCGAUUAAAACACACUCAGGAAUUAAUGCAUUGCCUGCAUUUGAAUUUGGAUGAGGACAGCUCUAGCUCCAAUUUUAAUAUGUGGGACAGUUUCUUAUUUACAGAUUCAGCAAGUAUUCGCAUCAUGAUUGCACACAUGCUGAAGCCUAGCUUAAAUGCUGCCCGAAUAUCUAGCAAAAAGCCAGCCUCCAGGAUGUAUGUGAUCGGUGGUUACCACUGGCGCCCCCUAGCUGAGGUCCAUGCCUGGGAUCCGCUGACCACAGAUUCCUGGGUGCAGGGACUGGACAUGCCUGACCACACCAGAGAAAGCUACAGCGUAACUCAGCUGGGGGCAGACGUUUACGUGACCGGUGGAUACAACACAGACACCAUCGAGGCUCUUGACACUGUGUGGGUCUAUAACGGCGACAGAGACAAAUGGACACUUGGUGUUCCAAUGCUGUGGGCCCGAUAUUAUCACUGCUCUAUAGAUCUGCAUGGGUGUGUGUACGCGAUCGGAGGGUAUAGAGGUGGCGCUCCAACUGCAGAAACUGAGUUCUUCGACCCACUAAAGAAGAAGUGGGCUCCUGUUGCUGGAAUGGUGCAAGGUGUGGGUAAUGCCACUGCAUGUGCUUUAUACGACACCAUUUACGUCAUUGGUGGCCACUAUGGGUUUAAAGGAACCUGCACUUAUGAAAAGAUUCAGAUGUACAGAUCAGACCUGAAUGAGUGGAGCAUUGCAACAACCUGUCCUCAUCCAGAAUAUGGCCUUUCCUCUGUGAUCCUGAAUAACUGCUUGUAUCUGGUUGGAGGACAGACUGCCACUGUGGACUGCUACGACCCGGAGAGGAACGAGUGGAGAGAAGCUUCAGAAAUGAAGGAGAGAAGGAUGGAGUGUGGUGCUGUGGUUAUGAACGGUUGUGUUUAUGUAUCUGGAGGUUACUCCCUCUCCAAAGGCACAUACUUAGAAACGAUAGAGAAGUACGAUCCUGACACGGACAGCUGGGAGAUCACUGGAAAUCUUCCAAUCCCAGCUCGUUCUCACGGCUGUGUGUGUUUGUACAGUGUGUAAAAUGAUAGAUGUGUUUAAGUCAGUUUUACAGCAAUAUGAGGCAGCUACACUUUUAAGACUUUUUGUGCCAAUAAACACGGUGCUACUUAUCGCAGGUAUGAUAUUGAAUAGUAUUGCAUCAAAAUAUAGUGAUAUUAAAGAAUGUUUAUUUUUACUGAACUACCUGAAUCAAUAAUAUUUUAGUAUUAAAUGUAAUUAGAUUUAGAAAAAUCUAUUUAUUAAUUACAUAUUUAAGUUGUCAAAUUAUAAAGACAUUAUAAAGACCAUUAUUCUAAUAAAGAACAAAUAAAAACAUUUAUUAUAAACUUUAAUGAGGCUGAAAACAAUAUUUUUUUCUGUUUUAGCACAGUGAAAUGCAUAAAAAGCACAAAAUUAGAAUGCACAAAAAGCAGCACAGUUAGAAAGGCAUGAUUUGUAAUCAGAACACAAUUGCACAUUUUUAAACUGCAGGACAACAUAAUGUGAUAAAUAAAAUGGAAUGUAAAAUAUAAAAUUUGUUUGUAGUUUAUGAAAUUUAAAAAAUAUUAAGUAUUUAAGUACUAAUAAGUACUUGUUUGGUUUUGUUUUUAUGUUUGCAGUGAAAGGAUGUUUGUGUGAUUUUUUAAUUAUUUCGUGCAUAAUAUUAUGCAUGGUUUACUUGAAUUGUAUUUAUUCAUGUACAAUUGUCUUGAAAAUAUAAAAAAAACACAAUUUAUGAUAAUUGAUAUAAAAAGAAUUUAAGCAAAUGAAGAGAUUAUUUAUGAUUAUU